GAGUGCGAGGCAGUUGAUUUAGAGACUAUCUUGAAGGAGCGCGAUGCUUGUGGGGUCGGCUUCAUUGCAAACCUCAAGAGCCAGAAGAGCCAUGUCAUUGUGGAACAGGCCCUCACAUCCCUUGGAUGCAUGGAGCACCGAGGGGCAUGCUCAGCGGACAAUGACUCCGGGGACGGUGCGGGUAUCAUGACCCAGAUCCCAUGGGACCUCUUCAAGCAGGACUUCCCUCAGCUCAACGAGAAGACCACUGGGGUUGGCAUGCUCUUUCUGCCCAAUGAUGACAAGCUGGCGGCGCUGGCAAAGCAGAUUGUGGAGGAUGUUGUGAAGGCAGAGGGCCGCUGCCACAUUGUGGGCUGGCGUGACGUCCCCGUUGUCAAGGAGGUUGUGGGGCCUCUUGCACGCGCCACAGAGCCGCGCAUCGUCCAGGUGUUUGUGGAGUCAAACAGCGGCUUGGCAGGCUCUGACCUGGAGCGUGAGUUCUUCAUCCUGCGGAAGCUCAUUGAGAAGGAGAAGGAUGCGCGCUUUGCCACCGAGGGAGCUGACGCAUCGGACUUCUACAUCUGCACGCUCUCCACCAAGCUGAUUGUGUACAAGGGAAUGUUGAGGUCUGUGGCGGUGGCCCAGUACUUCAAGGACCUGCGCAACGAGGCGUACACCACAGCCUUUGCAGUGUACCACAGGCGCUUCUCCACAAACACCACCCCCCGCUGGCCCCUGGCCCAGCCCAUGCGCACCCUCGGCCACAACGGCACGUCUCUGCCUGCACCCUGUGAGAUCAACACGCUGCAGGGCAACCUGAACUGGGUGGCGUCGCGUGAGCACUCGCUGAGCAACCCGGUGUGGGAGGGGCGCGAGCCGGAGCUGCUGCCGCUGUGCAACGCGGCUGAGUCAGACUCCGCCAACCUGGACCACGUGGCCGAGCUGCUGAUGCGCACGGGGGUGGCAUCCGAGGAGGCCCUCAUGAUCCUGGUGCCCGAGGCCUACGACAACCACCCGGACCUGCAGAAGGCCUACCCCGAGGUGGUGGGCUUCUACGAGUUCUACGAGGGCCUGCAGGAGGGCUGGGAUGGCCCCGCGCUGCUGGUGUUCAGCGACGGUGAGCACGUGGGCGCGCGCCUCGACCGCAACGGCCUCCGCCCCGCGCGCUUCUGGGUCACCUCCGACGACAUGGUCUACGUGGCCAGCGAGGUGGGAGUGCUGAAUGACGUGCUGACAAAUGUGGGCAACGUGGUGAGGAAGGGGCGGCUGGGCCCCGGGCAGACGGUGUGCGCGGACCUGACGAACGGCGUGUUCAAGGAGCACGCACAGAUCGCCAAGGACAUCGGCUCGCGCGCUCCCUACGAGGAGUGGCUCAGCAGCAGCAGCCGCCUUGCCGAGCUGGGUGGUACCUCCUACACCAGCGAGCCGCAGAUGAGCCCUGCAGAUGUGCUGAAGCUGCAGGCGGCCAAUGGCUUUGGGCAAGAGGACAGCACCAUGAUCAUUGAGGGCAUGGCCACCAACGGCGCAGAGCCCACCUACUGCAUGGGCGACGACAUCCCCCUGCCCGUGCUGUCCAGCCGACCCCACCAGCUCGGCGACUACUUCAAGCAGCGCUUCGCUCAGGUGACAAACCCGCCGAUAGACCCGCUGCGCGAGGGCCUGGUGAUGAGCCUCAACAUGCGGCUGGGCAAGCGCGGCAACCUGCUGCAGCCGGGGCCGGGCGCCUACCGCCAGCUGCUACUGGAGUCCCCUGUACUGCUCGAGAACGAGCUGGAAGCCAUCAAGACCUCCUCCGGCCUCACCACAAAGGGCUUCACGCUGCACUACCAGUCUGGCAAGCCGGGCGCGAUGGAGGAGGCGCUGCGCCAGCUGUGCGCUGACGUGGAGGCGGCCGUUGAGAAGGGCGCGGAGAUUGUGGUGCUGUCUGACCGCCUGGCCGGAGGCGGCCUGGAUGCCGAGCGGCCGCCCAUCCCCACCCUGCUGGCCGUCGGAGCCGUGCACCACCACCUCAUCAACAGGAAGGGGCUGCGCACGGAGACGUCGAUCGUGGUGGAGACGGCGCAGUGCUUCUCCACGCACCACGUGGCGCUGCUGGUAGGCUACGGCGCGCACGCGGUCUCCCCCUACCUCGCAUUCGAGACCUGCCGCCAGUGGCGUGCCUCCUCCAGGACUGCGGCGCUGAUCAAGAGCGGCAAGCUGCCGGACGUGUCGGUGGAGAAGUGCCAGAAGAACUACAAGAAGGCGCUGGAGAAGGGCGUGCUCAAGAUCCUGUCCAAGAUGGGCAUCAGCCUGCUGUCCUGCUACCACGGCGCGCAGAUCUUUGAGAUCUACGGCCUGGGCAAGGAGGUGGUCGACUUUGCCUUCAAGGGCAGCGUCUCGCGCAUUGGCGGCAUGUCUCUUGCCGACCUGCAGCGCGAGGCCGAGUCCUUCUGGAUCAAGGGGUUCCCGGAAAAGGCGAUGAACAAGCUGGAGGACUUUGGGUUCAUCCAGUCGCGGCCCAAGGGCGAGUACCACGCCAACAACCAGCAGAUGUCCAAGCUACUCCACAAGGCCAUCGGCCUCGGCAACAAGGGCGCCGCCCCGCAGGAGGCGUAUGCGGCGUACCAGCAGCACUUCAAGGACAGCCCGGCGUCCUUCCUGCGCGACUGCAUGGAGCUGACCCCCGUGGGGCCGCCCGUGGCUCUGGAGGACGUGGAGAGCGCUGCGACCAUCAUGGAGCGCUUCUGCACUGGCGGCAUGUCCCUGGGCGCCAUCAGCCGCGAGACCCACGAGACGAUCGCCAUCGCCAUGAACCGCAUCGGAGGCAAGAGCAACAGCGGGGAGGGUGGAGAGGACCCGCAGCGGUGGGAGCUGCUGUCUGACGUGGACGCUGAUGGCAACUCGCCCACCUUCCCGCACCUGAAGGGCCUUCAGUCCGGCGACGUGGCCUCCUCGCGCAUCAAGCAGGUUGCCUCCGGUCGCUUCGGUGUGACCCCCCAGUUCCUGGUCAACGCCGACCAGCUGGAGAUCAAGAUCGCCCAGGGCGCCAAGCCAGGUGAGGGCGGUCAGCUGCCGGCGAAGAAGGUGAGCCCGUACAUUGCCAACUUGCGCCGCAGCAAGCCGGGCGUGCCGCUCAUCUCUCCGCCGCCCCACCACGACAUCUACUCCAUUGAGGACCUGGCGCAGCUCAUCUACGACCUCCACCAGGUGUCGCCGACGGCCAAGGUGAGCGUGAAGCUGGUGGCCCAGGCGGGCAUCGGCACUGUGGCGUCGGGUGUCGCCAAGGCCAACGCUGAUGUCAUCCAGAUCAGCGGCCACGACGGCGGCACUGGCGCAUCCCCCAUCUCCUCCAUCAAGCAUGCCGGCGGCCCCAUCGAGAUGGGCCUUGUGGAGACGCACCGGAGCCUGACGGAGAAUCAGCUGCGCGAGCGUGUGGUGCUGCGGGUGGACGGCGGCAUGCGCAACGGGCGCGACGUGAUGCUGGUGGCUGCGCUGGGCGGCGACGAGUACGGCUUUGGCACGGUGGCCAUGAUCGCGACCGGCUGCAUCAUGGCGCGCGUGUGCCACACCAACAACUGCCCCGUCGGCGUCGCCUCCCAGCGCGAGGAGCUGCGCGCCCGCUUCCCCGGCGCCCCCGCCGACCUGGUGAACUACUUCCACUUUGUGGCGGAGGAGGUACGCGCAGGACUGGCGUCGCUGGGCAUGCGCUCCAUGGACGAGCUCAUUGGCCGCGGCGACCUGCUGCGGCAGCGCUCCAUCAAGCUGGCCAAGACCGAGGGCCUCGACCUCUCCUUCCUCACCCACUACGCCGGAGAGACCGCCACCUCCUCAUCGCGAGGCGCCCAGGAGGUGCACAGCAAUGGGCCGGUGCUGGAUGAUGAGGUCCUGGCAGACCCGGAGGUGCAGGCGGCCAUCAAGGAGGAGGGCUCCGUGCACAGGAAGGUCAGCAUCGUCAACACUGACCGCGCCGCCUUCGGCCGUGUCGGCGGAGCCGUCGCCCGGCUGCACGGCGACAGCGGCUUUGCUGGCACCCUCUCCUUUGACCUGGAGGGGAGCGCAGGGCAGUCCUUUGCAUGCUUCCUGGUGGCGGGCAUCAAGCUGCGUCUGGUGGGAGAGGCGAAUGACUACGUGGGCAAGGGCAUGGCUGGGGGCGAGGUGGUGAUCAUCCCGCCGCCCGGCUCGCAGUUCAAGGCCGAGGAGGCCAGCCUCGUGGGCAACACCUGCCUCUACGGCGCCACCGGCGGCCGCCUCUUUGUCAACGGCAGAGCUGGCGAGAGGUUUGCGGUGCGCAACAGUUUGGCGGAGGCGGUGGUGGAGGGCACAGGGGACCACUGCUGCGAGUACAUGACGGGCGGCGCAGUCGUGUGCCUGGGCACCGUUGGGCGCAACGUCGCGGCUGGCAUGACCGGUGGACUGGCCUACUUCUACGACGAGGAGGGCGACUUCCCUGACAAGGUGAACACGGAGAUUGUGGCAAUCCAGAGGGUGGGCACUGUGGCUGGGGAGCAGCAGCUGAAGAAGCUGAUUCAGGACCAUGUGGACCUGACAGGCUCAGCCAAGGGGGCUGCUCUGCUGGCCGACUGGGCGAAUGUGCUGCCGCGCUUCUGGCAGCUGGUUCCCCCCUCAGAGUCCUUCACACCCGAGGCUUCUGAGGAGGCCGUCAACAAGGCCUCUUCUGGGGAUCUGGUGCCGGCGACUGCUGCCUGAUUCAGCCCAUGUUAAUGUAAGCAGCAGGAUAACGGCUGGCACAUUCAAAAGCACAUGCUCAGGUUGGUGAUCAUGCGGCUCAUGCAGUUUGCAUGGGCUGGGGCGUUCUGGAGUGGAGACUAAGAGAAGUAGUAUAAAGAUCAUGGGGCAUCGAUAGACGUUGGCAUUGGUUGCUCUGUACUUUGCUGGUCUGGCAGUUCUUGUCACACAUACAUUGUAAAUCAAUCUUCUCUGCAGGUUAGAGUUUCUCUUUCUUUCUAUGAUGCAGCAUUCAGUCUAGAUCUCAUUUCCAAAUUGAUGCAUUGCUGUGCCGAUUGUGACAUGCCUAGAUCUCUUGUCUGGGGCAUUGUCUGAGGGAUCCUGAGGGAGAAUAUUUGCAAGUCGUGAAAAAAAAAUUCUUUGUGUUCUGAGACAAGCGGGUGUAAACCGAUUCAACCUU